CUUCCUGCGAGACGAAAACCGUGCCAAGCUUUAGUUUGAAGGUAGUGCAUUUCAGAUCAAACAGCAAGAGAAUAGCACGCGCUUUGAGGAGGGAGAUAAAACACAAAUACUUUAAAUCUUUCUUCCUGUCAGUCCACACGGAUAUACUUUCUAACCACGGAUUCAAAGGUGGAGAACGUUUUUUCUUCUCUACCCUUGCAUUUCUUUAAAAAAGAAAUGGAAGAGAGUUCAAGUUCUCCCGUCUCCCCAGUGGAUAGCCUAGUGACCAGCGAGGAGGAGUUGGACAGACAACAGAAACGGUUUGGAAGAAAGAGGAGACACAGUAAAAAGUCCAGCGAGGACAGCAGUCCGGGCUCCGUUAAACGGAGCAAAAAACCGAGCCCAAGCCGUACUCAGUCAUAUGAGGAGCUGCAGAACCAGAGGGUGCUGGCCAACGUCAGGGAGAGGCAAAGGACUCAAUCGCUCAACGAAGCCUUCGCGUCUUUGCGAAAGAUUAUCCCCACGCUACCGUCGGAUAAACUCAGCAAGAUACAGACGCUCAAACUCGCAUCCAGAUACAUUGAUUUCCUUUAUCAGGUGCUGCAAAGCGACGAGAUGGACAGCAAGAUGUCGAGCUGUAGCUACGUUGCGCACGAAAGACUCAGUUAUGCCUUUUCGGUGUGGAGAAUGGAAGGCGCGUGGUCGAUGUCUGCGUCCCACUAGCAGCAGAGACGUCCAUGCCAUGCCAACGGACUGUUUACUUCCACUAAUUUUGAAGACGCCAAAGGAUUUAUUGAAGAACCUGUUAACCUCAAGAGACGUUAUGUAAUUCACAGCAACGGACGCGAGGACUUGAAGUACUAUCGUGCAUCAAGAACGACAUGAAGAGAGGAACUCAUUUUUCAACCAUACCUAGAUCAAGAAAAAGUAGCCGACGUCUCCUGCGUCCAUCAAUACAUUUAAUCGUUUUCACAAGUUAUUCCUAAAUGUCGUUAUGGUGAUAGUACCAGAAAGCCAUCUGUUAUCUUUAAUGAAACUAUAUUUCUUUUUUUUAAUCUCUAAAUAGAAGAGUUUUAUAUUAUAUAUAAAUGCGUGUGUGUCUGUGUGCGUGCGCUCGCGAAAAAUCUCGAAAAGUAAUGUACAUAAUGCUACCUGUGAGUUUCGUCAUCUUUUAAAGGGACCAAUGCAAUUUAGAGCGAUACAUUUUUGAAGUACGCUGCAUGGAUUAUUGCCUUAGUUUGAUUUUUUUCUAAGCAACAAUCUCAGUUUCCGUCCAUUACAUUGUGCUUAUUUAUUAAACAU